AUGCAGAUGGAAAUAAGGUCAGAGAAGUUAAUGAGGGCUUUGAAUGACGCGUCUGAAUACAUCAAUGUGGGCUUUGAAACAGAUAUUGGGCUGUCACGCGCUAAAUUAAAUAAGGACCAAUUGUAUUUCAGGUCCAUUAAGGUAGCAGUAGCACCGAUCCGAAACCAGUUUUCAAGCGAACCAAAGAACGUCUCUGAAUGCAGCAAUCUAAAGGCUAGGGCAACUCUAAUAGAAGAGGAUGAGGAGACGAAAGAGUUCGACGCUGGGAGAGAAGUUGGAGGGACACUUAACCGAAACAGAUCUGCGAAGAGGAUAGGGGAGAAGAAUGCAGUGACACCCACCCUGCAGAUAAAGAAGAAUUCGAACUGCCUCGUGAUUGUGAACUGGGUUGGAGAACAAAUGUUCGAUCCACCUGUCUCGACAAUGUAA